GUUCUACAAGAGCCAGGCGAGUGUCUCUGCAGUUUCGGCCAGCUUGUGGCCAAGCGUCUGCAGUCAAAGAACCUGAAUGCCCUGUCGGGAGCAAAAGCAUCCUUUUUCAUGGGAAGCGGAAGUUCAGCUGCCAUCCGCCACGGGAUUGACUCUGCAUCCGCGGAGGGUCUCAAGGAGCUUGUCCUUGGACUUCCGUCAGAAGAGCAGUCCAAGCUGCGUGAAGCCGUGGAAAAAGCACAGGGCCAGAGCAUCGCUCUCGGGACUGCCGACUUGUCUGGCUUCUUUAGGAAGACCUACGUUGAUGGUGGCUUGUACGAUGGGUUGUGCUACAAGGAGGAUAUCGUCGAAGGAAGCCAACCAACAUACAGGUACGAUGCUCCCGAUGGGCCGGUGCAUGUUUGGCGCCAUGCCCUCGAUCUGUGUGGUUCUCAUGAGGAAGAGGAUGUCAUCGUGUUGUAUCACUACACGAACCUACUGGGCUUCAUGAACGUGUCAAAUGUGCAACAGACUACAUCGGGGCUCUAUGCCACACAGCAUGAGCCAUCAGUGUGGCAGCACAGACUUCGCACACUCUUGAACAACUACAGCAACGGUGAUCCUUGGAGGGUGGACCUUGAGGACGAUGAGUGCAAGCUCAGGAACCAGGAAUGGGGCGAUGGGAGCGCCCUCGGACACAGGGCCGCAUUCUGCGUGCCCUUGCGUGUGCCAAAGGAGUUGGCGUACAACAUCUUCCAAAGGUUGACACCCGACAUGAAGCAGAGGUGUAUUCAGGGCGAGGAUGGAAGGGAGCGGGCAGUUAAGUUGGGAGAAGACUACAAAGGACGUGAAGUGCACUCAAAUCGAGAUGUGUGGGUUGUGCGACUGAUGGAUGAGAAUGGUCAAGUCAAGCAUGCAACCGCUGCAAACCGAGGCCGCAUUGAUCUCCUCACCAUUCGCCUGUCGAAGCUUCGAACCGCGCAAAAACUGUCGGAUACUCAAGCCUUUGACUGUGCUCUGGAGCUCGGCUUUCGAUUGUUGAGUCGGGGCAGGUUCCAUGAAGCAGAAGGGCUUUUGCAAGACUGCUACAAGGAAUGCAAGAAGGAGCUUGGAGAUGUUCACCCUACCACUGUGAAAAGUGUUCUUGCGCUCGCUCACACAUGUCGCGAACAUGGACAGCUCCUGCCAGCGGAACAUCUACUUCGAGAUUCUGUUGCGGCGGUGACGAGCCAAUUAAGUCCAGAAGAAGCCAGCAAAUUAAUGCCGGCCCUCGCCAACGAGCUGGUCCAGUGCUUCGUGGAUGUGCAGCGCUUCGAAGACGGGGAGCAGUUCCUGCAGGAUGCAGAGCCCUUCUUAUCGGCGGAGUAUUGCUGCCAGGGCCGUGCCCAGUUGAAGAUGGCCCGCCUCGCCAACGCUGGGAAACCCGAGCAGCUCAAGGAGAAGUACCGAGGUGUAACCUUUGGUCCACGACAUGUGGCUUCGGGUCAGAGGGUCGUACACCAGGUUCUCGCAAACCCCUGCAAGGAGGCGAUAAAGCUUGGGCUGGAAGCAGUGACUCGCUCCUUGCGCGCUGCGGACGGAUGUCCAGAUGAGGAAAUUUCGGAACAAACGGUCGAGCUCAUCGACGUCAUGGCACCGCACUUGCUGCAUCAGGGCCGUUUCCAUGAAGCUUUGCCGCUGCUACAGUCGAGCCUGAAGACCAAAGAAGCUAAACUGGGAUCCUCCCAUAGCAUCACCGAGCAGACCAGGGGUGCUUUUGCAAACUGCCUCUCCUACCUCGGGCGAUGGAACGAAGUUGAGGCCCUGUGCCGUGAGAGGCUGGAGGCUUUGCAGCAAGUGAGCCCACCGAACUGGGAGAAGAUCAGCACCAUGAAGCGGGGCUUAGCAGGAUCCCUUCUUCAGCAGCUCCGGUUCGCAGAGGGCGAGCAGCUCCUGCAGGAGGCCUUGGACACCAACCGCAGGGAGCUCGGAAAGACUCAUCCUGAGAGCCUCGAAGUGAUCAAGCUUCUGGCACCUCUCGCGCAGCAUCUGGGAAGGAUCCCAGAGGCCCAGGCACUUCUUGAAGAAGUGCAGGAGGCCGAGGCUUCUGCAUGGCAGGAUCUGAAAGAGAAGAGGCAGCGACUGGGAGACACCUUAAACCCCGAGCUCCGCCAGUCCAUUACCACCUUGCAAAAGCUGCUGCAAUCCCAAGGGCGGCUUAAGGAGCUGGAAGCUCUGAUGUGGGAGCUGCUGAAGACAAACAGAGCAGACAUGGAGAAGGGAAAGCAUGCUUUUCACGGCCUCGAUUGGCGAGACGGCUUCGAUUGGCUCGAAAGCACCUUGCUCGCCACUUUGCUGGCAGAAGCCAGGGUGCCCGAAGCAGAGCAUCUCCUCACAGAGGACUUGGAGCUCAAGCGGCGCACCCUGGGCAACGAGAACAUGUCAACUCUCAAUACCCUAGAACAGCUGGCAAGCUUGCUUCAGCAACAGGGUCGCCAUGCGGAAGCUGAGCCUUUGCUUCAAGAAGCUAUCAAAGGCAAACGGGCGCCUUACAUGGAAAUGCGGCAGACGCUUGAGGCAUCAGAAGAUCGCUAA